CCCGGAAGUGGAACUUCUGACAGAAUGGCCGGAGAUGCGGCUUUGCUUUAUCAGGAAUUUCAAGGUCAAGUGAGCGAGGCAAGAGAAGAAUUCUUCGAGAAGUACAAAGAAAAUGUAGACAAGAAGCUGUAUGAUGAGAGAGACCUGUCAAAGCUCCGGUCAGAUGAUCUCUGGGUACGUCAGUUCUUGCUGAGCAGGAAGGGAGUAGUGGAGGAUGCCGUGGUCAUGAUGGACAUGUCCCUGAGGUGGAGGAAAGAAUGGGGAGUUAAUGAUUUGAAACAUGAUUCCUUUACACUAGAUUUUUGGGAGGGAGGUGCUGUUUACUUCCACAGUAAAGAUAAAGAUGGACAAAAGAUAUUGUAUUUUGAUGUACAGCAAUGUAAAAAGGGUGACCAAGAUGUCAUGGUACAAGUAAAGAAAUUCAUAGCUUACCAUUUAGAACUGAGUUGCAGAAAAAGGCCGGGAGAGAGGAUAGUGCUCCUGAUGGACAUGAGUAUGGCAGGAAUGUCUAAUGUUGACCUAGAUUUGCUAAAGUUUCUUAUAACAGCCUUCACAACCAACUUUCCAGCUCUUCUAGCAUAUUUCCUUAUUUAUGAAAUGCCAUGGUUAUUUAAUGCAAUUUGGAAGAUUGUUAAGACUUGGCUAAAUGCAGAACAAAGUAAAAGAGUGAUAUUUGUAAAGAAGACUGGAAUUCAAGAAUACAUCAACAAAGAAGAACUCUGGGAACACAUGGGAGGCUUGGAUACAUAUAAAUAUCACUACAUUCCACCUACACCAGAUGAGGACAGUCCAGGAUCAGAUAGUUCUCCCACUGGGAGACGGAAACAGGUCACAUUUGCUGAACAGGACACGAUGUAUAAUAGCUUUGAUGCCAGUGGGGAGGUGGGAGAGGAUGACAAGUCUGAUAGAUUGAGCAUGUCAAGUGUUCUCUCCAGGCAGUCUCAGGGACCAGGCAGACAAAAGAUGGUCAGUGGUAGGAAAAGACAGAGAGAUGAUCAAAAUAUCUACACAGGGCGGCUCAUAAUUAUCAGUCCUGCUGAUGAAUUGGAGUUUGCUGUGGUUGACAAUUCCAAGGAAACAUUAGAUGUUAUUUCUUUAACUAACAGAAUGCAAAAACAAGUGGCAUUUAAGGUAUCAGUUGAGAGGAUUUUUUACUUGUACUGA